AUGACCAGCGGGUCGCUCGCUCGAGUGUGCCAUGAGAAUAAGCAGUACGCGCACGCACCAGAAUUGAAUGACACUUUGCAUUUGACGGGAAGAGGUAUAAAAGAGCUGAAGUGUUUAGAGCCGUACGUUAAUUUGCUCGCGAUACACUUGACAGCAAACGUCAUAAGCUCAUUGGACGGUUUGCACAGUCUUCGAAAACUACGCUCCUUACACGUGGCCCAUAACAAUUUGACCAAUCUCAAAGGCAUUGAAAACCUCACCGAACUCCGCUUCCUAGAUGUAUCGAGCAAUAUUGGUAUGAACUCUAUCGAUGCACUCGCAAAUCACGGCUCUAUCGAGGUUUUACUGUGCGGGAACAACAAGAGUUUGAGAUGUAUCGAGGCGCUCUCGACGUGUCCGUGUUUGACCGCGAUUGACUGUCGAGAUUGUGGUAUAUCCGGAACAGCAAAGAAUGAGAGCGAAAGGAUGUUGAGUGUAAUAUGCAGUUCGAGUUGUUUAGCUUCGUUGAAUUUGAACGGGAAUCCAAUCAUGGCACAGAUUAGUGAGCCGUUUCGCAUUUUCUGUAUUUCAAAGGCGCGCGCGUUGCAAAAUUUGAACGAGAUACCCGUUCUCUUAAAAGAACGUCGGAUAUCCGAGGCUUAUAUGCUUCGAGGUGGCCGCGACGCUGCUCAAGAAGAAAAGCGAAAGAUUCAGGAAGAAGAAGAGCGAGAGCGAGAGGAACAAUGGGCAUGGUUUCAUGAGCUGAUUGAAACCAAGAAGGAGGCGGUAUAA